AUGGAAACUGCUGAAAAAGUAUAUAAAAAGUUCGACAAGGGAUUGGAAUCGGAUAAGAAGGAAUACAUUCAGAAGAGAGCGAAAGUUGACUCAUCGGAGAAGCUGAUGAAGGGAAAUUCGACGGAAAAUCUAACCUCGGACGAUAUGGAGAUGAUGGAGCAGUUCAAUUUGAGCAUGAUUUUCAAAAAAUGUGUUGGUGUGUUCAAUUUACAUAAAAUAUUACUCUUUUCAUUUGAAUGA